UAUUUUUGGCGCGAAUACUUCAAUAGCAGUAAAGACAGUUUGUGUUUUCUGAGGGGACCGCUGCCAUUGUGAGCUUACACCAGCUAAUAACUUAACAUAAGUAGUUUACAGCAGCGUGCCGCCAAGGUGUUUCUCAACAAAAUGAUUGGACAAAAAACUAUUAACUCGUUUUUUACGCCUGUGUCGAAGAAGAGGAAUUCUAAGGAUCUAAAUGAAGCCGAGGAGGAUGCCAAGGACCCGAAGAAGCUGAAGUCCUUGGCGGGGAAGCCAGAGCCGUCCUGCCCGCCUCCUGCUCUUCUUUCCCGGGAACAGCUGGACCGGAUCGCCCGCAACAAGAAAGCAGCGCUGGAGAAACUGUCUUCUGCUCAAACACCUCCGGGGUUUGGGGAGAGCUGGAGGGAGGAACUGUCGGAGGAGUUUCGAAAACCCUACUUUAAACAACUGAUGACUUUUGUGUCUGAAGAGAGGAAACACCACACUGUUUACCCACCUGCUGAACAUGUCUUCACCUGGACUCAGACGUGCGACAUUCGAGAUGUCAAAGUGGUGAUUCUUGGCCAGGAUCCAUAUCAUGGUCCUAACCAAGCCCAUGGAUUGUGCUUCAGCGUACAAAAACCAGUGCGUCCUCCGCCCAGUUUAGAGAACAUGUACAAAGAACUGGUGUCGGACAUUGACGGCUUUGAGCACCCAGGACAUGGAGAUCUGACUGGAUGGUCCCAACAAGGUGUGUUGUUGCUAAACGCUGUGUUGACCGUCCGAGCUCACCAGGCCAACUCCCACAAAGAAAAAGGCUGGGAGACCUUCACCGACGCCGUGGUGCAGUGGCUCAGCGACAACCUGGAAGGCCUUGUCUUCAUGCUUUGGGGAUCAUAUGCUCACAAGAAGGGAGCUGCUAUAAACAGGACACGUCACAACAUCCUGCAGGCUGUGCAUCCUUCUCCCUUGUCUUGUCAUAGAGGAUUUUUCGGAUGCAAGCAUUUCUCAAAGGCCAACGAGCUGCUAAAGAAAUCCGGAAAGUCUCCCGUAAACUGGAAGGCACUUUAAGAUUUUAUUCCUGUUUUCUUACAUGUAUGUUGGUUAAAUACAGACCAAAACCCACCCAUAAGCUUUAACAGUUUCCUAUGUGUAUGUGCAGUGAUUUCUUUAUGUUGGCGUUUCAACUGCUAUGUUUUGUGUUUACACUGAAUUUCCUUAAAUGCCUUUUCUCAAACUGUUUUUUCAACAUUGUAAAUAUUUUUGUGUUUUCUUUUUUACUUUUUAUUGAAAUGUUGGUUCUAUUAAAGUGGUUCCAAAAGUUGUUUGAUAUUAAUGUCUCUAAAUUUGCUCAGUGCAGUCUAAAAUAGGCUCACUUCCUCAGAUCUCAUAGAGCAGAUGUAGUAGGUGUUUCCGUGUUCCCAUACAGAGUUUCAGG